CACGUGAACGCGCCUUAAGCCGAAUUAGAAAAUCCUGGGUUAACAAAGCUAGCUGAUAACUAGCUUCAUAACACCGAUUGUCUUGUACCCGUUUCCGUCGCGUGGACAGUUAUUGAUUAAUGUGAAGCGUGCCGUGACUAAACUGUACCAUCGAUUACGAUCGGGUGUAUUCCGUUUGACCACCGUGGGUAACGAUUUGAUUACUAAAUCUAGCAUUGAAACAUCUCGGAUAACUGCGCGCACCCGCUCCAUCACAAGGGAAAAGCAGUCGCACGCCGACUCCCGGAUCAAUAUAAAUGAACACAGACAUAGAUUUCCAGAUGAUGAAAAAACAGGAGAGGGCACAUUUCUUCAGCUCUAGAGAGCAGGAACUCAUUUUGAAGUUGUAUGAAGAAGAAAGAGGGAUAUUAACAGCCAAAUCAAACACUACCACUGCCUCAAAAAUGAGAGAAGAAGCCUGGCAGAGAAUUGCUGAUAAAAUAAACAUGGUAUCGGACAGUGGCUACAAAAGGUCGUGGCAGCAAGUAAAAGUCAAACAUAAAAAUAUAGUGCAAACAGCAAAAAGAAGACAGGUCGAGGUGAUGAGGAAUGAAGGGGGGUCAGCAACCCCAUCGCUGACUUCCGCAGAGGAGGAUGUGCUCCAGCACAGACACAACAGGCUGAGGGUGGAGGUCCUCCCAGGAGGUGCUUGUAUUGAGCCUCUGACUGGAUCUGACAGCUCAUUUAUUAGUGUCUCAGGCCAUCCUGUCCUCCUCAUGCCUGUAACAAAGACUGAACCAGAGAGCCUGAGCAGUGAUGAGACAGACGUCAGUGAAACUCAUUUUGAAGGGGAUUUGCACAAUUUCCUGGGGAGGGACAAUUCAGAUUUUACUCCAAUCGGUGGAAGAAGAGCUAAGAGACAGACAGAAGAUAUAAGAGCCCUUUACUGCUGCUACCUCAAGAAGGAGAUAGAGAACCGUGACCAGCAGAUGGCAUACAGAGCACUUAAAAUGAGGAAGAUGGAGAAAGAAAUUGUAUUACUUGAUAAGCAGCUGAUGUGACCAUGCAAGGAAAUGCUAAUGUUUUAUCUCACUAUUAUAAUAUGUUCAAACAAUGUUUGAUUUAUUCCUAGUCUGACAACAUUGCUUCAGUCACAUAAUGAAUUGAUUUACUCAGCUGUUAACUGCAAUGGGGCAGCAAUUUCUUUGCAAUUCUUCUAUUAAUAUGUGUCGUACCCUUUCUUAUUGUUGCGGUAUUGCACUGUGCAACUCCACACAUGCAGCAGCACAAAGGGCCAACUAGUGCAGACAGCAGACUUUAUUGGAAUAUUCCCUUUAUUAUUAUUUCAAUCCCGUGGGCUGAAGGCCCAGUGAGACUUCAGGUACUCACUGUACUCCACGACGUUGGAUUAAAAAAAUAAUAAAUUACAUUAUUAAUUGCUUUAAUACGGGGGAAACUACAUCCACAUCUGAAGUACAGUCUGGAAACUGUACAUUAAGAAACUCUGUAUAUUUCAUAUUUGGUUGCAAAUCCUUUGUUGUGACUUUUUCACAAAGUUUGGUCUUCAGCAAGUGGAACAUAUUCUCAGUUGGAUUGCGAUAAUGUAACUUGGCUAUUCAAGAGCACUUUUGGAUUGCCUUGUGUGUAUGGUUUGGACAUAUUGUGUAAUCACAGAUAAUGUGCGGUAAAAAAGUUGCAACUAAUUCCUGUGGCACAUGGUUUAUUCUUUGCAUUAAAAUUACAAAUAUUGCUAAA